GAUAUCAGAAAUGUUUUUAAUCACAAAAGCAAACCUUUAAUAUACGUUAACGUUGCUGUUUAUUUAUAAAAUUUAUGACGUACCCAAGGAAAACACGUCUUCGUGGAUUUCCCGAACUUAUAUGGUAAAAAGCUUCCUAAAUGAUGGUUAAAAUACGACUAAUUACCUACGAAACUUGAGAUUUCUUUAUAAAACAGUGCAUCUGUUUAAUUCAUUAAGCUGGUUAAUUCAAUUUCGGAGGCAAAAUGAACACAUUUCGAACAUCAUCAUCUUAUAUUGAAGAUUAUAAUCCACCAUUGGAUGCAGAGGACAUGGAGUUUAUGAUGAAUCCAAAUGACUACAUUCCGAUCCCUAACCAAGACAAUGUAGGAACUGUAUAUAUCAGAAUCUCUCUUCCGGAAUUAAAUGUCCAGAAAUGCCUACAGUUCCAGUUGGGUGAAUCUGUUUGGCAUGCCAAACAGCAAAUACUUGCCAGUUUUGGAUCAGAACUCCGUGAUGGCUACAAUUAUGGAUUGUAUUGUCCUCCCCAAAAUGGUAAAGCUGGGAAAUUUCUUGAUGAAGAAAGAUUACUCAGAGAAUACCCUUUGUCAGGUCCUAUUGGGUACCUGGAAUUCAAAUUUAAACGUCGUGUUUACAGAAGUAUGGAACUCAACACAAGGAAACUAAAGCAAAUACAUAAUAAAGCUAAUUUGAAACAAUUUAUAGAUGCUGUUAAACAUGGAAAUAAAGAAAGAGUGGAUAAAUUUCUCACAAAAGGACUUGAUCCAAAUUAUAUUGAUAGAGACAGUGGAGAAACUCCUUUGACAUUAUCAUGUACCCUUGGUUCAGAUAAGUCUCGCAGUAUGAUUAUUACUUUGGUCAGUGGAGGAGCUCAUAUGGAUUUUCGCAAUAGACAUGGUUUCACACCUAUGCAUAAAAGUGCCAUAUGUUCUAACCGUGAAUCAAUAAAGACGCUGUUGGAUUUGGGAGCUUCUCCCAACUAUAAAGACUUGAGAUAUUUAACACCAUUGUACUAUGUUGUCAGCAAAGACGAUCCUGUUUGUGCAGAGCUGCUUUUGAAUGAAAGGGCUAUAAUUGGAACCACAGAUGAACAAGGAUGGUUUGAGAUUCACCAGGCCUGCCGCAGUGGCAAAGUUCAGAUUUUGGAACAUUUAAUAUAUUAUGGAGCUGACAUGGAUGUGCAGAAUGCAAGUGGAAAUACACCAUUGCAUGUUUGUGCAGUUACAAAUCAGGAGUCUUGUAUUCGUGUCCUGCUUUUCCGUGGUGCUAACAAAGUCAUUGUAAAUCUAAACAAUCAAACACCAUAUGAGGCUGCUAUUAUUGCCGGUAACUUAGAUCUUGCUGAAAUUAUCAAAGGAUACAGUUCUGCUGAUAUAGUUCCUUUUCGAGAAUUGCCUCAAUAUAGCAGUCGCAGGACAAUCAAGUAUUCAACAAACUUUCGAUUGAGUAAAUGCCGCAGCGAAACUCGUCUCAACUUGAGUAUGAUGGAUAGCAAUUUCUUUAAGCCUGAUGGAAGUUUCCACCGUUACAGUAUGAGCUCUGAUUGCUAUUCAGUCACCAAUUCUGAUUCUCCUCGUUCUAUAAGCUCAUCAAGUACUUAUUCAGGACAUAUCAAUGGAGGACUUCAUAUGACUGAUCAUGAUUACUAUGAUGGAAGACGAGAAAACUAUGAAGAAAACUGGUACCCUUAUUCUGUGGAAGAAACAAACUUAAAUAGUCGCAGGAGAACCUGUUCCCUUGGUGAUCUUGAUGCUGACACUGAGUAUUUUCAACGGAAAACUAUAAAACAACGAGCUUUGUUUAAUCACUUGGGAAGGCAUUUUAUCAAUAAUUAUGCUCCUCGGGCAGUUACCCUUCGAAAAACUCCCAAUGGUUAUGGCUUUGUACUACGAGGAGCUAGAUCUGAUCAUCAAUUUCUUAAUCAUGUUUCAAAUAAUUCACCUGCCGUGCAGUAUCUGGACACUGUGGAUGCUGGUAGUGCUGCUGAAAAGGCAGGUCUUAGAGCUGGGGAUUUCAUAUUGGAAAUCAAUGAUGAAAAUGUAACUAGAGCUUCCCAUGAACACGUUGUGAAGUUAAUCAAGAAUUCAGGCAACAUGCUGAGAAUGACAGUUUUAACUGUAAAACCAACAGAUCAGGACAAAAAUGCAUUCGUCCAUGAAGAUGGUUCAUUCACUCUACCAAGUCGCCGAAGACAAGCACCUGAGCCACCAAGAAGAGAUCCUUCUACAUCUUUAUCUUUUAGUAAAGCAAAAUCGAAAUCUUUUGCAGAAGGAAUGGCUGAAAUUGAAAAACUGGAUCAAACUCUUGCAGAAUUUGAAGUGUGUGAAAGCCCAACAAAAGAAAAUAGUUACAGUACUUAUCAGAAUGCAAUGAAAUCUGAAAUAAAAACUGCUUCUAUUAGGGCUGCUUAUGCUAAAAAACGGCUGUCUAAUAUUGAAAUUGAUAACAUUUGCUCUAUGGAGGCCCCACACAAACCUGAUCGUUUAAGCCCCUCAGAAGUGCGCAUUAAAAAAUACCACAAAAAGACAAGCAGUCUAGAAAAAUCUCGAAGUACACCAAAUCUUGCUCCUGACUUAGAUUAUGCACAAAUUUCUUCUGGAAACAGUUCUUACAGCAGCAAUUCCUCUGGACUUUUGAGAAGUCAACAAGCCAAAAUGAAUGCCAGUCAGAUAAAUCAGUUGUAUCCUGCACCAUAUCUGGGAAGUCUUUCUCAACCUCCACCAGGAAUGGAUUUAUCUGGUUGUAGACAUUCAGUUGCUAUUGGCUCUUCUGUGCAUAUCAAUUCUUUACCAAGCAGAGGUAAAGCUUACCCAGUUCCUCCACCUGUGGUGUCAAACCAUUAUGUUUCUCCUAAAGAGCAUAUUCCUCCUCCUCCACAAGUUAUAACAAUAAAUACACAGAAUGAUCAGUCAGUUAAUUCUACGGGAGAAUCAACCAAACACAAUUCUUAUGAAUCAAGUUUCAGACCUGGAACUGUGGCAGUAUUUGGUAAUAAUAAAAAAUUAGUUACAAACCAAUCUUCAGUCAAUCAGGCAAAAUCUCAUAAACCACAAGAUAGUUUGAAUAGAAAUAAAUCUGCAAACAACUUCAAUUCUAAUCUGAAUAGUGUAACUAAAACAGUAAUUGCAGAUGUUCAUCACAUUGACCAGUCACAAGGUACUCAACACUAUUCAAAUGGUACACACGAUACAUACUAUGAACCUCAGCCCGACUAUGAAUCUGAUGGAGAGGACAACUUAGCACAUGAUGGCAAUGGUAAUAUUAUUUCAGUUGGUUCAAAUCUCACUAAAAAUAGAAUGUCUUUGGCGGUACCUCUAUCUUCAUCUUCUUCCUCAUCUGAGAGUUUCAAGACAGCAUCAACUACUCCUUCUUUUCAAAAUACUGUAGACCCACAAAUAAUUCCUCCUCCACCUGAAUUCUGUCCACCUCCUCCACCUGAAUUUUCUCAUGCUCCUCCUGCCCCUCCUCCUCCUCCAUCUAAUCAAUUAUGUGCCGUUCCUCCUCCCCCUCCUCAAUUCAGUUCUGCUCCUCUUCCUGAAUCCCAGGACAGUCAAGCAGCAGACCCAGGAAAUGAAUUACUAAAUGAAAUUAAACGUGCUGCACAGGAAAGACAGAAUCGAUGUAAAGAUGAAAUUCCAGAGAAGACCACACCCAAACCCACUAGUGUCAACUUAACUCCACAAGAUAAAAAUCAAGCAGAAAUUUUACAAGCUGUAGCAAAACGACGUUCAAUGCUGGAAAAUUCUGAUGAAAAUAUUGUUGUAAAUCAAAUUGAAGCCCAAAUUCACAAAGCUAAGAAACUACAAUAUUCUAAGUAUUAUUUCACUGGCAAUAGAAUGAAAAAAGUAGUGAAAGAAUUACCUGAGGAGAACACAUUAGAGGUUGAGGAGAAUAAACAGAACACUGAAGAAAACAAACCAGUUGUUAAAGAGAACAAACCAGUAGUUAAAGAAAGCAAACCAGUUGUUAAAGAGAACAAACCAGUUGUUAAAGAUGCUAAAGUAGAUGUUAAACAGAAAGGAUUAAAUGAAGGAAAAAUAAACUCAGCUUCUUCAGAAGACAAACCUAUAUCUAAAGUAGUUUUGAAACCUAAGCUUUUGGAAAGAUCUACUGACAAGCUGCCAACAGAAAGUAAUAGUAAUAAGACUACAGUAAAAACACUACAAAAUCAAGCUAUAAAAUCUCAGAACGGUAAAGUAGAACCACAUGUAAAUGAUGAUUCCAAGAAAGGUCAAGAAGAUUUUCUAAUUAAAGCUGAAAAAGCACGGCAGAGGUACCUAAGUCGGAAAUCAUUAGGUACGAACAAUGAAACGGCUGAUAAAGCCAACAGAACAGCUACACAAACUGAAAUAUCUGAUAAGCCAAACAACAUAAAUGCACAUACUAAAACAUCAGAUAAACCAAACAGUACAGCAACACAUACUGAGACAAUAGAUAAACCAAACAAAAUAGCUAUAAAUAAUGAAAAAUCUGACAAACUAAACAGUACAGCUACAAAUAAUGUCAAAUCUGAUAAGUCAUACAACAUAGCUAGAGUUAAUGAGAAUAAGACAUACAACUCUAAAAAAGAACCUGAACCUUGUGUAAUCAGCCACAAAACUGUGGAAAAAAAUAAGAUAAACACUGACCAAACCAGACAUGGAGUACAGAACAAAACCAAUCCAUUGAUUAAGAGAACGACCAGUAAGGUGCACAUUGAAAUAAAACCAGCUCUAAAUGUUUCAUCAAAACCAAUUAGUGGUGUGUCCAUAAAAGAAAGAAUUGCUAAUUUACAAAACAACAAUGGACUUGCUACAAAUAAUUCAAGGGAUGGAGUGAAGUUAAUAACUGUAAAGGGAGUGACUACAGGUCAUUCUAAUACUGACCCAUCUAAUUCUUCAGAUUGUUCAACUCCUAGUCAAUCUCCAUAUCAUACCAGUUUUGUAACAAUCGUUGCACCACCUCCUGGGUUUUGUGAUUCUGACACAGAUGAAAGGGCUACUGAUGAGCUUCCAUCAUACCCCACUCUACAAACUUUACCGGCUCCACUAUCUGAGUUAUCUAUUUCGGUUGAUCAGAUUGGAGAUAUACAUCCACCAGAUGAUUCUCUGAGCCUUAUCUCUUCUCUUUCAACACUGUCAACACUCUCUACCUCAAGCACAGAACAUCCAAUUGACAUUGUCCAUCCACCACCAACUAGCUUUCAAGAUGGUUCUAGCCCUGUAUCAACAGAUCAAGGUUUUGAAGAAUCAUUUAUAGCAGCACCACAAGAAUUUAAUGAACCAUUGAAAAAACACAAUAUAACAAAACAUUCUUAUCAAAAUAAAUCAGUUGAAGAGUGGUUGUACGUGGAUGUUCUUGAGUGGCUUGAUAGCUUAAAACUGACACAAUAUAAAACUAAUUUUUCUCAUCAUUGUAUUGAUGGUAAAAAAUUGCUUAACCUUAACAGAAAUGAUUACUUAAUGCUUGGUAUUACACAAGUUACUCAUCGACUGAAUUUGGAGAAGGCCAUCAAAAAGGCUUUACUGGCAUCAAAAAGCUGUCAGAAAAGUCCAGUGACCAGUAAAAUUUCAUCAUCAAUGUCUCACUGAUGUCUUUACCUUAUUGAAAUGUAUGUUGCUGUAUAUUAAGUCUGUGAAUAGUACUGGAAUUGAGUUCUGACUGUGAUAGAGAAAUUCAGGUGACUUGCUUGGUUUCUUACUCGUUAUAUGCUAUUCUAGAACUACUAUUAUUAACCUACCGUUGAACCGAAGCUAAUGCUGGAAAUAGGAAACCAAAGCUAAUAGAUAAAGUUAUAUCUAUUGGGAAGUUCUAUAAAAUGUUGAAUUAUCUUAACACAUACACCCACAUAUACGUAUAACGUUAGACUGCAGCUUGAAUCAUUUAUGAAAACACAAUAUAUUCUAAAAUAGUAUUAAAAUUUAUAUAAAACUUUUUUUUCUACUACAGCAGUUAUUAAUCCAUGAUAAUCUUCAGGUUUCUUAUAAUUAACUGAUUUACUUUAUAAGUAAAUUCCUAUAUUUCAAGUAAAAUUUCACAGUUAUAUUGCAAAUCAACUUCUGAAUGAACUUUUUUUGUUUUUUCUAACUUCCCAAUAUUGGAACCAUAACCCCCACAGUGUAUAUAAUAAUGCAUUAUACAACCAGCACACACACUGGAUAUUGUUUUUUGACAAAUUAUUGAAUAUUAAAAAAUAUUUUAUUUAUUAGUAAAUAUAAUAAAACUAUUAGUUCUAUUAUAUUUAUAAUCAGUUACUUCACAUUUUAAAUAUUUUAUUUAAUCUCUAUAAAUAUUCAAGUGAUACUGUUAACGAAAAUUGCAACCUUUCAUUUUAGAAGUAUAUUCCAUAUACCCUUUUAACAGCGCUUCCAAAAUAAAUAUGAUCUUGCCCUCUAAAAAAGAUGUUCCAUCUGUAAUUGCUUGUUUGUUCAAUUUUGGAAGAUUUUCCAUAUGAUUUAGAGAAAUAUCUCUUCAUAAUCCUUCAUUAUGUCACUGUUGUUGAUAUAGAAAGUUUUAAAGUUUUCAAUGCUUUCUCUUGCCAUAGUUAUUAUUUUACUUGAAAUUUUUCUGGUGUUGAACGAUUUUGUUUUAUAUCCUCUCAAAUUCUCUUGAUUCCAUUAGAAGAUAUUUAAUUAAAUAAAAUGUAAUUUUAUUUCAUAAAUAAAUAAAUUAAACACAA